AUCUAAGUUCAUAGUUAUACUUUCGUACUUUCUGUGUACUCGAUAGUUAUAAACAUGUUUUUUGUCAUUUGAUUUUCGACUAUACGAUAAUUGGAAAUUUUCACCAUGUCUGACCUCAAAGGAAGUACUAAACAUUUUUCGGAUUUUUAUUUGAAAACGUUGUCGUCCAGUCUUAAGGAACGAAAAGUUGUAUUUAAAAAUGCUACUAAUGCAGUUAAAUCUAAUAUUACAAAUGAUGUUUGGGUUAGCAUAAGUAAUGCUUUAAUAAUUGUCUUAAGUCGAUAUCAAGACCUAAAAUCACAAUCAUACGUCAAAGAAUUUGUUAAAGUUCUGAUGGUGUCUAAACCAGAAGCUUGCCUAGUUAAUUUGACUCCAAUAUUGGCUGAAUACAUUAAUAAUUAUCCUCAUUUCAAUAUUUCGGAUAAUUUAGCUAAAACAGCUUUCUUCAUAUUACAAGUUAUAAGUAUUAUUUUUAAAGCAUCAUUCAAAGAUUAUAAAAAUUCACAUAUAAACGAAUUGAAACAUCUUAUUGAAUUACAAGCAAUACUAAUAAAUGCAAUAGCAAUAUCAAAAAAUAAACAUUUAUGUGAAAAGUCAUUUAAUGUUAUGAAUGAUAUUUGGACAAAUGAAAAUGAUACAUUAAAAUAUUGUGGAGAAUACUUAAAAGAAUUAAAUUCAAAAUCUUACUUAUUGGUUAUUGAAUCUUAUUUGCUUAAAUCAAUGUCGUCUAUUGAUUCGGAUCUUGCCAAUCAAUAUAAGGAAACAUUUUUGGAAGUGUUCAUUAAAGAAGCAAUAGCUUGCAAAACACGACCAGAGCAAGAAUUGAUCAGGCAAUGUUCUUUUACAGUGAAAUUAGUUACAUAUGAUGUAUUCAAGUCAAAACUUUUGCCUCCUAUUUUAAAAUCUAUGCUUCGUAAUCCUGAAGUGAUAUUAGAAUGUAUUGCUACAGUUAUUUCCAAUGUAUCCUUAGAUUUAAGUGCUAAUGCUAUUGAAAUUACUAAAGGAUUUUCUGCUAAUCUUUAUUCUCAAAAUGAAAGAGCUAGAAUUGAAUCUGCCGAUUUAUGUAAACAACUAGUUCUUAAAUGUUGCGAUUCAACUGUAGUUUCUAAUAUAUUGAAUAUUUUAUUCAAUAUUUAUCAUGGUUCUGAAGGAAAAUUGAGCACAUCAGAACAAAAAAUUAAUAUUCUACAAGCCAUAGGAAAUUGUAGUUUUAAUGCUAUCACUAAUGAUGAUAACUCUCAAAAAGUAGCUGAGUUAGUUGUAGAUCAAUUCAUUAAAGUGUUGGAUAAUGAAUUGCAUGAAAAAACAUUGGUACAUGCUAUCCAAAUGUUAUCAUUAUGGAGCUCAAAUUUUAAAAAAAGUAUACCAAAAGCAUUACUUUUAUGGUUUGUUAAAGGAUAUGAUAAAAAAUCCUCAGUUUUAUCUGUGAAGUUAGCUUAUAUAGACUGUAUGACACAUAUUUUCAAAAAUGAAUACUCAAAGUAUGCAGUUGGUAUUAUACCACUAUUGGUGAAAUGUGUUGAAAAAUAUUCUCAAUCAUCCCCACUACCAGUAGUGACUGAAACAUUAUAUGCUACCUAUUUAUUACUUAAAAUCAUAGAAGAAAAUCCAAAACUAAACAAUGAAGUUGAAUUUUCAAAAUUUUGGAAUUUGGUCCUUAAUCCAGAUAAAGCAUUAUUUUUAAAUGAAAAAUUUUUAUUUCAAUUCACUGAUGCUGCAUUAAACAGAGUAUGCAUGUUCAGUUUACUUGUAUUAAACAUGAAAUUUGAUCAAAUUAAUGGUCCAAUUGAACCAUUUUUAAGAUCAAUAAUUGUUAGCCUUUUAUCUAUUAAAUCAUCAAUGCGUAUUCAAUGCAAGAAAAAUGUUUUAAAAGCUUUAACAUUACCUGGUGGUUCUAAAUUGACUGCUUCAUUGUUGAAUGAAAUUACACAUUUUUUGGAAAGCAAUAAUGAUUUAGAAAUUGCUCCUAAACAUUUAGUGGAAACUAUUUUAAUCUUAUGUCAAAAUAAUAAUCUUGGAGAAGACGAACAAAAAAUCUUAGCAUAUGAAUCAUUGAAACCUUCACACCAUCCUUUAAUUGAGUCCUAUGCUCCAAAUUUAUGGCUCACAAUAUUGAAUCGUUUUCAAUUGAAACCAUCAAUUUUCAUCAGAUCAUAUGAAAAAAAACUGAUAAAACUUCUUAUUGAAGAUUAUAUACCUACUCGUUGUAUGGAGAAUGUAUUAAGUACUGUAACAAGAAUGAACGGGGAUACACUUAUUCCUGCAGUUAUUAACAAAAUUCGAUCACAGUUAGAAGAAAAUGAUAGAUAUAUAUAUAUAACUGAAAUGGAAUAUGAAAUUUAUUUGUACCCUGAAGGAGAAUUGUUCAACAAAUCAGUUUUAGCAGAUAAAGAAAAUGAAAAUACCAUUAAUAUUAAAAACAUGAAAAGAGAAAGUAAAGCAUAUUCAUAUAAAGAACAACAAGAAGAAAUAAUAUUAAGAAAAGAAAUUGAAGCUAAAAAAAUUAAAGAAGGAAAACUUAAAAAGCCAGAACUUUCAAUUAAACAAAAAGAAGCUAUGGAUAUUGAGUUAGAAAAAGAAUUAAAAAUAAGAAACAAAUUGAAAAAUAUGAGUGAUGAAAUAUUGACUUUGGUAUCUAUGAUGAGAGGAAUUAUUGCUGGAAAUUCUCUUUUAGUUUCUCAGUCAUUAAGAUAUUUAAUCCCAGGAAUUAUUUAUAAUUUCCAAUCUAUUAUAGCUGCACCACUUUUAAAAGAUGUAUUUAUAGACUUAGCAUUUUGUGCAUUUAAUGCUGAUGAAACAAAAAAAACAAAAAGUUCAUCCAAAGUUAAAAAUGGUCGCAUUAAGUUAUCAAAUUCUUCUAUUAAAGCUAUUGCUCACUAUACUCUCAGAAAAUUAAAGCCAAAAUGUAUAUUAGAUGAUGCUUGGCUAAAAGAAGAUAUUGAUAAAGCAACAAUGAGGAUAGUAUAUUUAUUCUGUGAUUUAACAAAAAAUGAACAAGAAUUUACAUCGCCAGCAUUUUGUUAUUCCUUCACAUUAAUCAGGGCUGUUAUGUUAGAUUUACCGUUUAAUCAUCAAUUGGUCAAUGAUUGUUUAUUAUUAAUUAAAAAUCAAGCCACUGUUCGUCCUAAAGCUACUUCAAAAGCAAAAAGCAGUUCAGAUCUUCAGCGACCUAAAUUUCUACCUCGUAUAGAAAUGUUUCAGCUUUUGUCUGAAAUUAUUAGUCGUACAUCAUCCAAUCUUCAAGAUACAGCUGUUUCAGCAUUUUUAUCAGUUGCUGAUAGUUGUUGUACUGAUGAAAAAUGUGAUCCAGCUAGUCGUGAUGAAAUUGUAUGUUUAUUAUCAGCACUUCAAAAUCCAUCUCGAAACGUAAGGCAUACAGCAAUAAGAGCUUUACAAAAAGUAGCAGAUGCUUUUCCAACGGCAAAAAAAGAUAAUCAAAUUAUACUUAAAAUUACAAAAAGAAUAUGGAUUACUAAAUUUGAUGUUUAUGAAGAAAAUAGAGAUUUAGCAAAUAAACUGUGGGAAUCUUCAAAAUUAGAAAUAAAAAUGAAUGGACUUCUAGAAAAUUUAUUGGAAGAUGUUGUUCAUCCAGUGGCUGAUGUACAAAAAGCUGUAUCUAUUGCUCUGUUUUCACUUUUGAAAGACUCUCCUAUAAAUUCCACAAAUAUUGCAUUAAAAAAAUUACUUUUAAUGUACAACAGUAACAUAAUGAAACCAGAAGAUAAUAUAGAACUAGAUGAUUGGCAAGGUCGAGUUGGUGUAGCCAUGGCAUUAGAACAAUUAUCAUUAUUAUUAAGUGAUGAUAUGGUUAUACAAUUAGUAAAUUUUUUUGUUUCUAUAAGUUUGAAUGAUAGAAAUGAUGUUGUAAGGAAAUAUAUGCUUAAAGCAGCAGUAUCUGUUGUAAAUUUACAUGGCAAAAAUAAUGUUGACCGUUUGAUGAAUAUUUUUGAGAAAUUUCUUAAAAAAGCUACUUCUUCUGAAAGUUUUGAUAAUGUUCGGUUAGGUGUUGUUGUAUGUAUGGGAAGUUUAGCUAGACAUUUGGAUUCAGAUGAUUCAAAAUUAAAACCUAUAACUAAUAGAUUACUUGAAGCAUUAUCUACACCAUCUCAAGAAGUACAAGAGGCUGUUGCUAAUUGCUUAUCACCUCUUAUGCCAUUAGUGAAAGAUGAUGCUUCAGCUAUAUUAAAAAAGCUUCUCAGUCGUCUUUUCAAUUCAGCAUCAUUUGGAGAACGCAAAGGUGCUGCACAUGGAAUUGCUGGUGUUAUUAAAGGUCUUGGUAUUCUAAGUUUGAAACAAUAUGAUAUUAUGAGUACUUUAACUGAAGCUAUUCAAGAUAAAAAAAAUUAUAAAAAACGUGAAGGUGCAUUAUUCGCAUUUGAAAUGUUGUGUUCCACAUUAGGCCGUUUAUUUGAACCAUAUAUUGUUCAUGUCUUACCACAUCUAUUAUCAUGUUUUGGUGACAAUAGUGAAUAUGUAAGAACAGCUACUUAUGACUGUUCAAAAGCAAUAAUGAGUAAAUUGUCAGCUCAUGGUGUAAAACUAAUUUUACCAUCAUUAUUAAAUGCACUGGAAGGAGAUUCAUGGAGAACAAAAACUGGCUCGGUGGAGUUAUUGGGGGCAAUGGCUUACUGUGCUCCUAAACAAUUAUCAUCCUGUUUACCUAGUAUUGUACCAAAAUUAAUAGAGGUUUUAAGUGACUCGCAUAUUAGUGUUCAAGAAGCUGGAGCUCAAGCUUUAAAGGUUAUUGGAUCAGUAAUAAGAAAUCCUGAAAUUCAAGCUAUUGUACCAGUUCUUCUUGAAGCUCUUCAAAAUCCAUCAAAUAAGACUGCUCCCUGUUUACAAAUUUUGUUAAACACUAAAUUUGUUCAUUUCAUUGAUGCUCCAUCUUUAGCUUUAAUUAUGCCAGUAGUACAACGAGCAUUUAUAGAUCGUUCUACCGAAACUAGAAAAAUGGCUGCUCAAAUUAUUGGCAACAUGUAUUCACUAACUGAUCAAAAGGAUUUAACACCAUAUUUGCCAAAUAUUAUCCCUGGAUUGAAAAAUUCAUUGUUAGAUCCUGUGCCAGAAGUCCGUACAGUAUCUGCUCGUGCUCUUGGAGCCAUGGUUCGUGGAAUGGGAGAAACAAGUUUCCAGGAUUUGUUACCAUGGUUAAUGCAAACUCUUACAUCAGAAGCCAGUUCAGUUGAUAGAUCAGGUGCUGCUCAAGGUUUGAGUGAAGUUGUUGGUGGACUUGGAGUAAGCAAACUGCAUAGUUUAAUGCCAGAAAUUAUUGCUACUGCAGAGCGUACAGAUAUAGCUCCUCAAGUAAAAGAUGGUUAUAUUAUGAUGUUUAUAUAUAUGCCUGGUGUAUUUAAUGAUGAUUUUAUUCCUUACAUAAAUCAAAUUAUUACACCUAUUUUAAAAGCUUUAGCAGAUGAAAAUGAAUUUGUUCGUGAAACAGCCUUAAAGGCAGGACAACGAAUAGUAAAUAUGUAUGCUGAAUCUGCUAUUCAGUUACUUUUACCUGAACUUGAACGUGGUUUGUUUGAUGACAAUUGGCGUAUUAGAUUUAGUUCAGUUCAAUUACUUGGUGAUUUAUUAUAUCGUAUAUCUGGUGUAUCAGGUAAAAUGAGUACUGAAACUGCUAGUGAUGAUGAUAAUUUUGGAACAGAACAUUCUCAUAAGGCUAUAAUUGGUACCUUAGGAGCUGAGAGACGAAACCGUGUAUUAGCUGGCUUAUAUAUGGGCCGUUCUGAUGUUGCAUUAAUGGUACGUCAAGCGGCAUUACAUGUGUGGAAAGUAGUUGUUACAAAUACUCCACGUACUUUAAGAGAAAUAUUGCCAACAUUAUUUACACUGUUAUUGGGAUGCUUGGCUAGUACUAGUUUUGAUAAAAGACAAGUUGCUGCAAGAACUCUUGGGGAUCUAGUAAGAAAACUUGGAGAACGAGUACUUCCAGAUAUAAUUCCAAUUUUAGAAAAAGGUCUUGAGUCUGAACAAGCUGAUCAACGACAAGGAGUUUGUAUUGGUUUAUCAGAAAUCAUGGCAUCUACUAGUAGAGAUAUGGUAUUAACCUUUGUAGAUAGCUUAGUGCCAACAGUCAGUCGAGCAUUAGCUGACCCUUUACCAUCUGUAAGACAAGCUGCCGCUAAAACAUUUGAUAGUCUACAUUCAACUGUUGGACAUCGUGCAUUAGAUGACAUUUUACCGGCCAUGUUAAAUAAUUUGAACAAUCCUGAUGCAGAAAUUGCUGAAAGAACUUUAGAUGGAUUACGCCAAGUUAUGGCAGUUAAAUCUAGAGUAGUUCUACCCUAUUUAAUACCUCAGUUGACUCAACCACCUAUUAAUACAAAAGCUUUAUCAAUAUUAGCUUCUGUUGCUGGUGAAGCUCUUAAUAAGUAUUUACAUAAAAUAUUACCUGCCUUAUUAACAGCUUUAUCCAAAACUGAAUCUGCAGCUGAGGAAUUAGUGUACUGUCAAGCUGUUGUCUUAGCAGUUUGUGAUGAUGCUGGAACAAUGGUUGAUUUAUUAUUAGAUGCCACACAAGCAGAAAAUAUUUCUCAAAAACAAUCAGCAUUACAGUUAUUAGCUGCAUUUUGCACAUAUACAAAGGCAGACUAUAGUUCAUAUGUUCCAAAACUUUUACAUGGAAUUAUUUAUCAAUUUAAAGAUCAAGAUGAAAAAAAUUUACAAUUAGCCUGGGAAGCUUUAAAUGCAGUUUGCAAAUCUGUAGAUACAAAGCAAAGUAACCAUUUAGUAUUUGAAAUACGUCAAGCUAUUAAAUUUGUAAUGAGUGAUUUUAAGCAUUUAGAAUAUCUUCCAGGAUUCUGCAUUCCAAAAGGAGCUGAUCCAUUUGUUCCUAUCUUUAGGGAAGCAAUUCUUAAUGGCAGUCCUGAAAUUAAAGAGCAAGCAGCUCAAGGUUGGGGAGAAGUGGUUAAAGUAGCUGCAAAGGAAGGAUUAACAUCUCCUGUGCUUAAUAUGACUGGACCCCUUAUUCGUAUUUUAAACGAACGUUAUACAUGGAAUAUAAAGUCUGCAAUUUUAGAGACCGUUGCAUUACUACUAGCCAAAGCUGGUAAUAAUUUAAAGCAAUUUUUACCUCAGUUGCAAACAACAUUUUUGAAAGCAUUACAAGACCCAAACAGACAAGUUAGGCUCAAAGCAGCUAAUGCUCUUGGCCAUCUUAUUGUAGUUCAUUCUCGCACAGAAACUAUUUUUGUUGACCUACAUUCAGGAGUAAAAAAUUCAGAAGAUAUAACCAUAAAAGAAACAAUGCUUCAAGCAUUACGUGGAGUUAUUUCUCCUGCUGGUGAUAAAAUGUCAGAUCAAGUUCGAAGAACUGUCUUUAUGACUUUAAGAGAAGGACUUGGAAACCCAGAAGAUACUAUUAGAAGUGGUACUGCUGGUUGUCUUGGUGCUUUAUGUAGAUGGUUAUCUCCUGAACAAUUAAAUGUUGCUUUGAAUGAUCAUAUUUUAAUAGACGAUCCUUCAAUAGAUCCAAUAUUAAGACAUGGUAGAAGUUCAGCAUUGUUUGUUGCUCUUAAAGAAUCCCCAGAUACAGUAUUUAGUUCAGUAUAUAGUGAUAAAGUCAUCAAAACAAUUUUAUGCCACUUACAAGCUGAUAAGAUUUCUAUUGUAAUGAAUGGAGUUCGAAGUUGCGGGUAUUUAUUUUCACAUUUAAUGAAUAUUGGUAUUACGAUUCCUCCUCAACUUUUAAGUCCAUUUAUAAGAAUGAUGAAUCAAUCCAGUAAUGAAGUUAAGCAAUUAGUUGCUCAUAUCUGUUCAUAUUUAGGGAAAUCUGGUGUUACUUUAUCCCCAGAAUUCUUAAAAUCCACCAUUCCAAUGUUAGUAAAUGGCACUAAAGAAAAGAAUUGUUAUGUCAAAUCAAAUAGUGAAAUUGCGCUUGUUACUGUUCUUAAGUUGCAACAGGGCGAUACAACUUUACAACCUGGACCUGAAAUGGAGGCUUGUUUAAAUCUAUUGGACACAGGUGCUCGUGAGGCAUUAAAUGAUGUUAUAAAUAAAGUAUUACGUAAAGUUUCAAUUCAAAUGGACACCAAAGUUGAAGAGUUAGAUGAUACAUUAAUUGUUUAAAAUUGUAUUUUAAUUCAAUGUGUGUUCAUUGUAUAUUUUUUUUUUUUUCAAAGUAAUAAUCUGUGUGUCAAAGUAAUUAGAAUUAUAACUAAGUUAAACAUCAA